AUGGAUUUAGUAAAUCAACGACGAUUAGCUGAAGCUGAUGAAUGCGUGAAACGAGCUGAAAAUCACUUAAAAACUUCCAUUAUCAAAAUGAAAUUCAAACCCGAUUAUGAUAGUGCCGCUAUCGAAUACGAUAGAGCAGCUAUUUGUUGCAGAAAUGCUGGUGACCUAGCCCGCUGUCGUGAUCUUUAUUUAAAGGCUUCAUCUAUGCAUUCUUCAAAUGGCAAUAUUUUCCAUGCAGCAAAAUGUCACGAAAAUGCCGCAAUGGUAUGUAAAGAGCUAUGUGAUGGCGAAGGAUCAAUGAAAUAUAUGGAAUUAGCUGCUGAUGGUUAUGCUCAAUCUGGAAGUAUAGAUACGGCAGCGAUGGCCUUGGACAAAGCUGCCAAAUUCCUUGAAAAGGCUGAUCCUGAAAAAGCUGUCCGAAUUUAUCAAAAAGCUCUUAGUCUGGUGCAACAAACCGAUCGAUCUCGUAUGGCUGGCGAAUUUUUCAAUCGUUUAACUAAACUUUAUUUAAAACUUGAAAGGUUUUCGGAAGCCAUCAGUAAUAUUGACAAUGAAAUCGACAUGUAUACGGAUGUUCAUGAAUUUGGAAAAGUUGGGCAGUUGACCACUGCUAUCGUCUUAUUAGAACUCGUUGGAGGUGAUUCUAUCGCUGCAUCUAAACGAUUUCAAAAAUCAUUUAAAUGUGAAGGGUUUGAGUUCUCAGAGGAUGCUCGUGCUUGUGCAGAUUUAAUUUCAUCAUAUGAAGCUGGAGAUAAUGAGUGUUUUCAAGAAAUUUUUCAAAGGCCGUUGUUGAAAUCGAUGGAUAAUGAGUUUCUUCGCUUAAUGAAGAGGCUAAAUGCACCAGACUGCUGUGGAAAUUCGCGUAAUGCUGCACAGAAUGAAGAUAAUAACGCUGAUGAUUUGAAAUAA